AUGUGCGAGUCCAACCAGCACACCUGGGUCUACCCCGACGGGCGACGCAAGAAGCAGCCCCUCGAGACCGUCUACCUGUGCCCCAACGCGCGCCACGGCCGUCCCUGCACAGAGAACACCAUCUACCGCCACCCAGCGCGCCCAGCACCAUCCUACAGCACCUCGGCGCCGUCCCCCUCCUCCAUGUCGCCGUCCUCCUCACCCGCGGCCUUCCUUUUGCCCACCCAGUUCCCACCCACACCCAACUACACACCGCGCUCGGGGACGCCCAACUACUACUCGGGCAACGACUCGGACCGCUCCCACCACAGCACCGGCUCUGGCUCAGCGCCACGAAGGACACGCUCCCACCGCACACCGCGCGUCUACAUCAACGGACAGGAGGUCUACAGGUCACCAUCCCCCUCGCGCUCAAGGGACCGUUACGUUCUUGCUAGCAGCAGCAGCAGCCACACACCACCCCAGCCAACCUCCAGGAUACCUCACAGCGCACCCAACUCACCAUCCUCACCAUACGUCUUUGAAACCAGCAACCACCGCCGGACAUCCUCAUUCACCCAUCAAAACACGCAGCGCCCCGUGGUCGUCCACGAGCGGCCGCACGUGGAGUUUGACAUUCGCGAGCCGCGACGCAUGCACACGCGCGAUCCCUCCUCAUCCUCGGAGGAUCACUCAUCUUCUUCCUCGCGACAGGCGCGUAGCAGAAGACAGCAGAGCCGGCAGGAGAGAACGGCGGACCGCAUCGCACAGGCCAAUGCGCAGAUUGCGAACCGGCCCGUGGUGCCGAGGGCAUCUGGGCACCGCGCGCCAGAGCCGCUCGCGGACGCGAUGAGGCGGAUGGACCUCAACGACGAGGCAAGGGAGAGGAAGAGGCAGGCGAGGAGAGAGGAGAAGGAAGCGGCGCAGCAGCAGACGGAGAGGUUGCGGGAGAGGCUGUCGCGGCGGGCGACGGUGCAGUACGGGGAGGAGGGACGGUACAGAUGA